AGGUAGAAUAAGCUAAUGCCUGCACGUAAGGGCCUUCUAGCGCCCCAGAAUACAUUUUUAGAUACAAUCGCAACUCGAUUCGAUGGAACACAUUCAAAUUUCGUUCUCGGAAAUGCUCAAGUGCCUGGCUACCCAAUUGUCUAUUGUUCGGAUGGAUUUGUGGAAUUAUCCGGUUUUUCACGAGCACAAAUUAUGCAAAAAGGAUGUGCUUGUCGAUUUCUGUACGGAGCUGAUACAAAGGACGAGCACAAAAGAGAGAUAGAAAAGAGCUUAGAUGCUAAAACCGAACUAAAAUUAGAAGUUAUAUUUUAUAAAAAGAACGCAACUCCUUUUUGGUGCUUACUGGAUAUCGUGCCAAUCAAAAAUGAGAAACGCGAGGUUGUGCUAUUUCUGGCGUCGCACAAAGACAUCACAAAUACCAAAAUGGCUGAAUUGUCGGUAUCCGAUGAAUGUGAUAGUGCUGCGCUUCUGGGUGCGAGAUUUCGUUCGCCUGAAAUGGUUGCUGCUGCGGGCAUCUCGGGCGGCGAUGGCGACGACGACGAACAUCACGAUUUUGAGAUUCCAGCUGGAUGUAAUAUGGGUCGACGACGAUCUCGUGCCGUACUGUAUCAACUAUCCGGGCACUAUAAACCCGAGAAGACUAAACCAAAAUUGAAAUUGAACAAUAAUUUAUUGCAUUCUGAUGCCGCACCUUUGCCUGAAUACAAAACGCAAGCCGUGAAAAAGUCUCGCUUCAUCUUGUCGCAUUACGGGAUUUUCAAAGGGUGUUGGGAUUGGCUAAUCUUAGUUGCAACUUUUUACGUGGCUGUGAUGGUUCCUUUUAACGCUGCUUUUUCUAAAACGGAUAAAGUUACGAUGGUGUCUGAUGUGGUUGUCGAGGCGCUGUUUAUUCUUGAUAUCAUGUUAAAUUUUCGUACAACAUACGUGUCUAAUAAAGGCGAGGUUGUGUCUAACUCAAAGAGUAUAGCUGUUAAUUAUCUCCGUGGCUGGUUUAUUGUUGAUCUUUUAGCCGCACUUCCCUUCGAUCAUCUGUAUGCAAGUAAUAUUUAUAGCGGAGAGGAAUCUCACAUACAUUUAGUGAAACUAACGAGACUUUUAAGACUUGCGAGACUUUUACAAAAGAUGGAUCGUUAUUCGCAAUACACGGCAAUGGUACUAACGUUACUGAUGCUUUGCUUUUCACUUGUUGCUCAUUGGUUGGCCUGCGUUUGGUAUGUGAUAGCAGAAAAGGAAAAACUUUACAAUGAACUUGAAUGGGACAUAGGAUGGAUGCAUGUCUUGGCAAAUCGAUUGCAAAUACCCGUUAGUAACAUCACAAGUGCUGAAGCGUACAUUACGGCGUUGUAUUUUACGUUUACCUCGCUCACGAGUGUCGGAUUCGGGAACGUUUCCGGAAAUACGUCGACGGAGAAAGUGUUUUGCAUUAUCAUGAUGCUCAUCGGAGCUCUUAUGCACGCUGUAGUAUUUGGUAAUGUCACUGCAAUCAUCCAACGUAUGUAUUCGCGUCGAUCGUUGUACCAAAGCAAAUGGAGAGAUUUAAAGGAUUUUGUUGUCUUACAUCAGGUGCCCAAGGAACUGAAACAACGUAUGCAAGAUUACUUUCAAACAAUGUGGUCACUAAAUCACGGCAUCGACGCCUUUGAAAUCUUGAAGGAAUUUCCUGAGGAAUUGCGGGGUGACGUAUCGAUGCAUUUACAUCGAGAAAUUCUACAGCUGCCAAUUUUUACGAAUGCAUCGCAAGGAUGUCUGAAAUUGCUGUCGUUGCAUAUCAAGGCGAAUUUUUGUGCGCCCGGAGAAUUUCUCAUACACAAAGGCGAUGCACUCAGCUACAUUUACUACAUUUGCAACGGUUCGAUGGAAGUUAUGCAGGAAAAUAUGGUAGUUGCUAUUUUAGGUAAGGGCGAUUUAGUUGGCUGUGAUAUCUCGGUGCAUCUCCAACACGGGCAUAAUGGAGCAGGACCAAGUGCCAAUCAAGAUAUAAUUGUUAAAAGCAGUAGUGACGUCAAGGCGCUGACGUAUUGUGAUCUCAAAUGCAUACACAUGAGUGGCUUAGUUGAUGUGCUUCGACUCUAUCCCGAAUAUCAACAAGAAUUUGCGAAUGACAUUCAACAUGAUUUAACGUACAAUUUACGAGAAGGUUAUGAAGCAGAACACGAUUCUGAUACAAGCACUCCAUGUUUGGCCCUCCCUGCUAUUAGUGAAGACGACGAAAACCAAUCUGAGGGCGAAACUUCUCCAUGGACAAGUCCUUUACAUGCUGCUUUAGCAAAAUCUCCUAAAUUGCCUCCUCAACCGAGACAUAAAAGGAUUUUGAGACGAGGUACAACGCUUUCUUCUUUGCGGGAACGAAUUGUGAGACAACCUGUUGCUAUUAGCAAUUCAUUAGAGGACUUGAGUAAUGAUGAAGAUGCUAAAAGUGAUGAAAAUGGACGAAAAGACAUCAAAAAAUCCGUUGAACGUUUAGAUACGGAAGUUAUUACGCUUCAUCAGAAUGUUACAGCACUCAGUAUUGAAGUUAAGAACGCAAUUCAAGCAUUACAGGACUUUACAGUGUCCUCGUUACAAUCAACGAUGAAUUUGAAUCAAAAAUUUCCGCCAGCACGUUCGAUCCCAAAUUUUCCGAAUCCCCUUGCGAUCGAACAAAAGCCUGAAAAUAACGAAUCCGAUCCAAAUAACGGUAUGACUCGCAGUACUUCGCAUCCGCCGGAGAUGUGGGGUCGCGAAAUGAGCACCGAUAGUUAUGUCACGCAGGAACAACUGAAAAUCGAUCAAAAAUUCGACAUGGAUUUCUUGCGGAAAACGAGUAUCAUGAGUUACAAUCUUCCCGAAACGACAAGCGCAACGCAAACUGAUCAACUUUCCGACACAGAAAUCAUUCGUCGGAUCAUUCGAAGCAAUCCGCGACUCGUUUUCAAUGUUCUCGGGUCGAUUUUGCCGCAAAAGUAUCGAAAAAUGUCGCUCGAAACCAUCAGUGAGCUCUCGUCGAGCGAAAGUAUCACGGAAAAUUGUCAAGAAAUGAGUGACGAAAACGAAAGCGAAGAAGAGGAUGGCGAUCGAACGCCCGAUAUCACACAUCCGAACCACAAAAAUCACUAUCUCAUCAAGGAGAUUGCCGAAGCGGUCGAAUUACAUAUCAAUAACAGCAUGGAAAACUCCAUGGAACAUAUCAACAACAAUCGCAAGUCAUCGGCGAACAGUGUAAAGUUGCAACCGCAAUCGGGUCACGGCGAAACUUGUGUAAUUGUGCUCAAUGAGAACGAAAUGGAUUCCGACGAUGACUCGGAAACGGAUCUACUGGAUGCGCAUGGCGUGAAAAAGCGUUACAACAACUUAUUUGUCAGCAAAGCUCCCUUGACGAAUCGCUUCAGUGCGGGAGAUGCAGAUAAAAUGGAGAAAAAGUCAUCGAGCGACGCGAAAAAUCAACUUAGUCGAUCGCUCAAAGAAAUUUGA